AAAGAAUAUUUUCUGAUCGAGAGAAAUUCGAUCGGAAGGAAAGUUAAUUCAAACCCCUCAGGCGCUGUAUUUAGGUAUUACGUGUAAUCCGACAACGACAUGGUUUUUAGUGUUUCUAUGGUGUUCGGAAGUUAAUCAGGUCGCUUGAACUCGAGCUUUUGGGGACUAGGGCUGCGGGGUGGUUCGGCAGAAUAGGAGACGACAGUGCUUGCUAAAGAAACAUUGCUCAUUCUCUGAGGCGAAAAAAAUGAAUUCUUGUGGGCCGGAGAACUUUGGCUCACGUGAGCAGCAUGGGGAAGAUGAUGUAAAAGAAGUGAUUUCGUUGGUUCAACACGAUGAUCUUGAAAAUUAUAGUGUUGAAUUGACUGAGGCCAGAGCUGAUAAACAUGCUGACACAAGAGAAUAUGAGUGCCCCAAUUUGAAGAAGAGUGAAAACUCUAACCUCGAUGAGGCAGAGAGCACUUUUGAAAGUGAUGCUAUUGGUGUUGAUGGUAAAUUACCUCAAUGUACUGACUGCAAUGCUGAAAAAGGGGAUCACCUACAUCGAGAAAUACCUAGAACUAAAGGAUGUGAUUUGUCGAAUGAACGUAAAGCUGUUGAUGAUAACCAGGAGGAACAUAUAAGUACCGCCAAUUCCAAGAAAGGACUGUACUUUUAUUAUGAUACACCCUUAUACGAGGAAACUGGAAUUUGGAUACCUGUUUCUGUUCCUCCUAUGAAUGAAGGAGAAUUGACUGGAGGGUUUUGCUCGAAUGGUGGAUACAUUCCUGAUGAAGAUAUGGGUUGGAGCCAAUGCAUUGAGGAAGAUAAAGAAUUGACCAUGUGGGAUGUUGUGGUUGAAAUGCUACUUGUCGCUCGGGGAAAAGUGUCUGCUGUUACUUCUGGAGAUGUUAGUCGAAUUUCAUGGUUGUCAAACCACCUGAUUGAUCAUGCGUGGAAGGAAAUUGCAGAAACCCUGUCAGAAGCCAAUUUUAGCCAUGCCCAAGAAAUUCUUGAUUCGGAGCCUCCCAAGUGGUUACCUGAUAGUGCAGCUUCUUCCUGUAUGCUUUGUAGCGUCAGGUUUCACCCGAUUAUGUGCACAAGGCAUCACUGUCGGUUUUGUGGGGGAGUCUUCUGCAAUGAGUGUACAAAAGGAAGGAGCUUAUUGCCUAAAAUGUUCCGGACAGAGAAUCCACAACGAGUUUGUGAUGUGUGCUGUGUGCGCCUCGAACCUUUUCAGCCAUACCUGAUGGAUCAAGUAAGCCGUGCUGCGCAGUUGCCUGUACAUGAUCUGACAGAUUUGAGCACUUUAAGAUCCUGGGUUAAUUUUCCCUGGGGGCAGUCGAUGGAGUAUGAGAUUUACAAAGCCACAAACACAAUCCUUGGUUAUGCUAAGGUCGGUUCCUUCAGAUCAGAGAAGCGAAUUCCCCAGGCCAUUCUACAAAAUGCAAAAGGCCUUGCAAUACUAACUGUUGCUAGAGUAGGAGUGAUGGUAACCUAUAAUGUUGGAACUGGACUGGUGCUUGCUCGUAGGGAAGAUGGAUCUUGGUCUCCUCCCUCUGCCAUAUCUUCCUUCGGCAUAGGCUGGGGAGCUCAGGCUGGAGGAGAGCUAACAGACUUCAUAAUUGUUUUGAGAACAGUUGAGGCUGUGAAAACCUUCUGUAGUGAAGCACAUUUCUCAAUUGGGGCUGGUUUGAGUGCCGCCGCAGGAACCAUCGGACGAACUGCGGAGGCCGAUAUUAGAGCUGGUGCAAGUGGAUAUGCUGCUUGUUAUACAUACAGCUGCAGUAAAGGUGCGUUUAUCGGGUGCUCUCUAGAAGGUAGCAUAGUCACAACCCGAGCACGUGAGAACUCCAGAUUCUACGGCAAUCAGUCAAUCACAGCAUCACAAAUUCUUCUCGGGUCAUUCCCCCAACCACCAGCCGCAGCCAUGCUUUACCGAGCACUACGAGACUUGUUUCUUCAGCUCGAAUAAGUGAGGCUUAUUCCGUUCCAUUCGAUCACAGGAAGAAAGUGGUAAGUGAUCAAAUUGCUCUAUUCUUUGGUCUGUACAGUUGAAUUUGCAGUUUAUUUGUGUCCAAUUGUUCAUACGUACAGUGCAUUCUUUUCCACUUAAUUUUCAAGUUUGCUUCACAUUAAUGUAAAUAAACAGCUGCAGUGUCUAUGAAAUGGUCCAUAAUUUAUAUAUAGCAAUAAUUCAAUACAUUUACGAA